AUGGAGAGCUCAGACCCACCCGAGUUUCCCGACUUUGAAGUCGAGUCACUAGAUGACGCGGAAAAGAUCUUAGCCGUAUUCAAGAAGAUCGAGGACUACUUCGACAGCAUCGAGACUGGGGAGAUCCUGCCCACAGCCACGUACGAAGUGCUCGUCAAGGCUCUAGACUGGUUCCCAUAUGCGUUGAGGAGACUUGAAGAGGGCAAGGAAAAGUUUACUGAUGACCCUGAAACGAAGGAGAUAAUCCAAGACGCUUUGGACAUCUUGAAUACUAUACACCCAACAAUCGAACCGACCAUUAACGACAGCGACGAACUAAGAGAGCGCGAAGGGGAAGUCAAUGGAUCUUAG